AGAGAAGAGGGCCGUGGUGACAUGCGGGUGAACCCUGCUGUGCCAUAGCCUGGCUUGCUGAAAGGUUGGGGAUUGGUUUAAAGCGGCACAAGAUCCCCCAAAGGCUCAAAGGAUGACCUGAGGGACCCAGUGGCCCGUGUGGAAGUCGCCAGGCCUUCCCGUCCAGAGGGCAGACAGGCUGUGGCAGCCUAGUGGGCAGUGAAGGAUCAGCCCUGCGAGGGUCUCCUCUCUGGGGGAUCACAGAGGUGGUGGCUGCCCUGCGCUCUGCUUGUCCUGCUGUUCUCAGGACAUUGUCCUCCUGUUCUCUGGACGUUCUCCAGAGGUGGUGCCAGUCACCUGUCUCCCCGGUGUCCUGCUAAUAAUGCAGCUGUAGGUGAGCCCAGGAGAGAAUGGGGGACCCCAGGGACUUCUGCCCUCACCUGGACUCCAUAGGGGAGGUGACCAAAGAGGACUUGCUGCUCAAAUCUAAGGGAAGCUGCCAGUCCUGUGGUGUUGCUGGACCCAACCUGUGGGCCUGUCUCCAGGUUGCCUGCCCCUAUGUUGGCUGCGGAGAGUCCUUUGCUGACCACAGCACCAUUCACGCGCAGGCUAAGAAGCACAACCUGACAGUGAACCUGACCACAUUCCGGGUCUGGUGCUAUGCCUGUGAGCGGGAGGUGUUUCUGGAGCAGCGGCUGGCGGCCCACCCACCUGGCUCCCCGCCCAAGUUCUCAGAGCAGGACUCUCCGCCACCCUCUCAUCCUCUGAAAGCCGUUCCCAUUGCUGUGGCUGACGAAGGAGAGUCUGAGUCAGAGGACGAUGACCUGAAACCUCGAGGCCUCACAGGCAUGAAGAACCUCGGGAACUCCUGCUACAUGAACGCAGCCCUGCAGGCCUUGUCCAACUGCCCUCCGCUGACCCAGUUCUUCCUGGAGUGUGGCGGCCUGGUGCGCACUGACAAGAAGCCAGCCCUGUGCAAGAGUUACCAGAAGCUGGUCUCUGAGGUCUGGCACAAAAAACGACCAAGCUAUGUGGUCCCUACCAGCCUGUCCCAUGGGAUCAAGUUGGUCAACCCGAUGUUCCGAGGCUAUGCUCAGCAGGACACCCAAGAGUUCCUGCGCUGCCUGAUGGACCAGCUGCACGAGGAGCUCAAGGAGCCGGCUGUGGCGGCCACGGCGGGGCUCACAGAGGCCCGGGACUCAGACUCAAGUGACACAGAUGAGAAACGAGAGGGCGACCGGAGCCCGUCGGAAGACGAGUUCCUGUCCUGCGACUCUAGCAGUGACCGGGGUGAAGGCGACGGGCAGGGGCGCGGCGGGGGUGGCUCGCAGGCCGAGGCGGAGCUGCUGAUCCCCGAUGAGGCGGGCCGCGCCAUCUCCGAGAAGGAGCGCAUGAAGGACCGCAAGUUCUCCUGGGGCCAGCAGCGUGCCAAUUCGGAGCAGCUGGACGAGGACGCAGACGUGGACACGGCCAUGGCUGCCCUUGAUGACCAGCCUGCCGAGGCCCAGCCACCGUCACCGCCGUCCAUCAGCCCCUGCCGGACCCCAGAGCCGGACAAUGAUGCCCACCUACGCAGCUCCUCUCGCCCCUGCAGCCCUGUCCACCACCGCGAGGGCCACGCCAAGCUGUCCGGCAGCCCUCCUCGUGCGAGCCCUGUGAGGAUGGGGCCGUCCUACGUGCUCAAGAAAGCCCAGGCCCUGAGCACGGGCAGCCGGAGGCGGAAGGAGCAGCACUACCGCAGUGUCAUCUCCGACAUCUUUGAUGGCUCCAUCCUCAGCCUCGUGCAGUGUCUCACCUGUGACCGGGUGUCUACCACAGUGGAGACUUUCCAGGACCUGUCACUGCCCAUUCCUGGCAAGGAGGACCUGGCCAAGCUCCACUCGGCCAUCUACCAGAACGCACCCGCUAAACCAGGCGCCUGUGGGGACAGCUACACCACCCAGGGCUGGCUGGCCUUCAUCAUGGAGUACAUCCGGAGGUUUGUGGUGUCCUGUACUCCAAGCUGGUUUUGGGGGCCUGUGGUCACUCUGGAAGACUGUCUUGCGGCCUUUUUUGCAGCUGAUGAGCUGAAGGGUGACAACAUGUACAGCUGCGAGCGGUGUAAGAAGCUGCGGAACGGCGUGAAGUACUGUAAAGUCCUCCGGUUGCCCGAGAUCCUGUGCAUCCACCUGAAGCGCUUCCGGCAUGAGGUGAUGUACUCCUUCAAGAUCAGCAGCCACGUCUCCUUCCCCCUGGAGGGCCUCGACCUGCGUCCCUUCCUGGCCAAGGAAUGCACGUCCCAGAUCACCACCUACGACCUCCUCUCGGUCAUCUGCCACCACGGCACGGCAGGCAGUGGACACUACAUCGCCUACUGCCAGAAUGUGAUCAACGGGCAGUGGUACGAGUUUGAUGACCAGUACGUCACCGAGGUGCAUGAGACGGUGGUGCAGCAUGCCGAGGCCUACGUGCUCUUCUACAGGAAGAGCAGCGAGGAGGCCGUGCGGGAGCGGCAGCAGGUGGUGUCCCUGGCGGCCAUGCGGGAGCCCAGCCUGCUCCGGUUCUACGUGUCCCGAGAAUGGCUCAACAAGUUCAACACUUUCGCCGAGCCAGGGCCCAUCACCAACCAGACCUUCCUCUGCUCCCAUGGAGGCAUCCCACCCAACAAGUACCACUACAUCGAUGACCUGGUGGUCAUCCUGCCCCAGAACGUCUGGGAGCACCUCUACAACAGGUUCGGGGGUGGCCCUGCCGUGAGCCACCUGUACGUGUGCUCCAUCUGUCAGGUGGAGAUCGAGGCCCUGGCCAAGCGCAGGCGGAUGGAGAUCGACACCUUCAUCAAGCUGAACAAGGCCUUCCAGGCUGAGGAGUCUCCGGGCGUCAUCUUGUGCAUCAGCAUGCAGUGGUUCCGGGAGUGGGAGGCCUUCGUCAAGGGGAAGGACAGCGAGCCUCCUGGGCCCAUUGACAAUAGCAGGAUCGCACAGGUCAAGGGCAGUGGUCACGUCCAGUUAAAGCAGGGGGCUGACUAUGGGCAGAUUUCUGAGGAGACCUGGACGUACCUGCACCAUCUGUAUGGGGGUGGCCCUGAGAUUGCCAUCCGGCAGAGCGUGGUCCAGCUGCAGGACCCCGAGACCUUGCAUGGGGAACAAAAGAUCGAAGCCGAGACGCGGGCCGUGUGACUUGGUGGCCAGGCGGCCGGCCCCUCCCCUCUAAAACCCUCCCUGAGUCUCUUGGAGGGGUCCUGCCCUGCUGAGCUGGCUGUUCCCACAGGCCACAAGCCCUCCCCGCGGGGACAUGUGCCCACAGAGGCCGCGUGGUGGCCACCAGCUGCGUGUGGUGGUGUCGGUGGCUCAUAGCUCUAGUGCUGCCCCUAGGAAUACACCCACUCCGCUGUCUCAGUGGCCGAGACUCUGGGUCUUUGUCCUGGCAGUGCCCACGCCAGUCACUGUCAUCGUCGUCCCCAAACCUUCCCUCUUGCUAGCUCAGGUCCAGCUUUUCCUUGGAGCCCAGUGCUGCCCCUCAGCCAGAGGCUGGCGCCUGGACAGGGGCAGAGUGGCUGCCGCCUCCCAGCGCCCAAAAGCACAGAGGGAGGAGGCCACAGCGGAGAGUGGAGGAGCCAAGGCUCGGGACCGAGGGGCUUCUGCGUGCCUCCCUGCCGGCCACCUCGCCCUGCACCCGGUUGUCAUCAGCGGCCCCUGGAGUCUGGGCCGCUCUGGUGCAUCCUGCAGACUGCUUGCUGGCGCUUGGGACCGAGCGGGGAGCUCUCCGCUGGCAGUUGCUGGAGGCGGCCAUCCCUCACUGACGUCCUGCCCACCAUCGGUGUGGCUCGCCUCUGGUUCAGCCCUCAGCCUCACGAAUGCCAAGCUGCCACCAGGGCCUGGAUGGUGUCACCGGAAUGCCUCACGCAGUGUGUCUGCUGCUGGCACAGCUCCAGGAGGCCUAGAGCGAGCGCCAGCCCUUCCCCAGCCCCGGCCCCAGGCCCCACCAGGGAGGGCGCGGGGCUGCUCACACAGGAAGGUCCCUCUGCGGGCCUGGCAAGGCUGUUCCUCCCUCUGGGGGCAUGAAGUCCCCUGGCUGCAAUAGCUGGACCAGGUGUACACCCUGUUGGGGUCGGAGCACAGGGAGGGCUCAAAGCAGGGGUCCUGGGACCAAGUCCCUCAACUGUGGCCUGCAUGUGCCCAGGGAGCCCUGGCAGUGACCUGGUGGAGCCCAGACUUUACUGCUGGGGCCUGGGUUCACCCGCUCUGUCCCUUCACACCCAGACAGAGCAGCUGCUGCUGGGCCUGUGAAGUCACCAGGCUUUGAAAGCUGCUGCCGCCUGUCGCCACGGGCCCUGUGCCCGCACUGCACCCUCGAGAUGUGGAGGCCACUGUGCAGGCCGUCACCUGGCCCAUGUCUGUAUGGCCAGUGUGUGUUCAGAAUGUCAUAAUAAACAGAUGUGCCCCACAGUCA